AUGAGGAGGAAGUAUCAAGGCUCAACGAGAGUAAAGCGUGCUCAACUUCAGGCGGUUAGAAGAGACUUUGAAAUUCUCCAAAUGCAAAAGGGAGAAACGGUGAAUCAUUAUAUUGGCAAGGUUACGAGUCUUGCAAGUAAAAUGAGGAUGCAUGGUGAUUCAAUCAUGGAUGUUGCGGUUAUAGAAAAGAUUUUGCGAUCUCUAACUCCAAAGUUCGAUUACAUUAAGCUCAAUCGUACAAGUGCAAUAGAGGAGAUGACAACCUUAAAGAUAUCCACACCAAGUGAAACUUCAAGCUCCAGAGGUAGAGGGCAAAGAAGAGGCAGAGGUCAUGGGAGAGGCGGUCGAGAAAGAAGUGGAGAUGUUGGCAGGUCAGCAGAUCUAGUCAGAGACGAUUAUGACAAUAAAGGCAAGAGACAUUUUGACAAGUCUAAGGUUGCAGAUCAAGGUGUAUGGGCCGUAGACUCUAGAUGCAGCAACCAUAUGACAAGUUGUAAGGAAUUCUUCUCAACUCUGGAUGAAAAUUUUCAUACUACGAUUUGUCUUGGCAACAAUUCAACUAUCCAAGUGAUGGAGAAAGAAACCGUAGAUAUCAAGACUAGAAAUGGCUUUGUAGAGUCAAUUUCUAAUGUAUUCUACAUUCCUGAUCUGAAGGCCAACUUACUUAGUAUCGGUCAGUUACAAGAAAAGGGGUAUGGUCAUCUACACUUCAAAGGAUUAAAGACGUUGUCUUCAAAUAAGAUGGUGACUGGGUUGCUAGACAUUACUCCUCCAACAGAAAUUUGCGAGAGCUGUGUAGUAGCAAAGCAUGAAAGAAAUUCUUUUCCAUCCGAAAAAUCAAAAAGAGCUCAAGCAAUUUUGGAGUUGAUUCAUUCAGACAUAUGUGGUCCAAUCUCUCCAGCUUCAAAUGGUAACAAGAAAUAUUUCAUGACUCUCAUCGAUGACUUUAGUAGAAAAACAUGGAUUUACUUCUUGCAUGCCAAAUCAGAAGCCUUUGAUUGCUUCAAGAAAUUUUAUGCUACUAUGAAGACUGAAACUAGAGGAAGAGUGAAGGCUUUAAGAACUGACAGAGUGGAGAGUUUUGCUCUAACGAGUUUACAAAAUUUUGUGAAGAGAAGGGCAUAA